CAAAAGUGGGCUCGUUCUGUCUGCUUAGGUCCCUGCAGAGAUUUCGAAAUCGCUACUUCCAAUUUCUCCAGAAACUUUCUUUCUCGGCAAAAUUCCCGGAAAAAGCCACUCGAUCAGCAGAUGGUCAGGAAGGAAGAUGUGGAUUUCUAUUGCGGAUUUUCAAGGAAAGAGCUUCAGAGUUUAUGCAAGAAGUAUAAUUUGCCUGCCAAUAGAUCAAGUUCCGAUAUGGCUGAAUCAUUGGCUUCUUACUUCGAGAAAAAUAAUUUGAACCCGGUAAGUUUUGGGGUCCCUGGGAAUCAAGAUAGUUCAGCGACAACUUCUAGAGCACCAGCGAUUAGAACAUGGAAUGUGAAAAGAGGUUUUGGUGAAUUUAUUUCUGUUUCUUAUAGAUUUCUCUUGUCUCAUUUUGUUAUACCAUUUAUGAAGACUGGUUAAAUGUUAUUGCAGAUUCUUAUGGUAACAAAUUGGAUGUACCUAGAGAGGAUUAUGUUCAAGGUGCAGUGGCUAGAGAACCAGGCAUUAUCCUUGGGAAUAAUACACCGUAUCAGGUUCGAUUCACUUUUUUUGAAAUAUGUAUUUGUAUGAAAGUGAAGUCGGCUUACAACCACUAGGAUGAGUCAGCUGUAGUUUUCACUAAGUUGGUUUUCAUUGAGCAAAUUGAUAAAAUCCGCUAUUUUCGCCUUUAUGGUAGAUGGUACAAUAGUCAUACCGCUAUAAUGUACGAUAGUUUCUCAAAGAAAUUUAUUGAAAUAGGUGCAUCAAUGUUUUUGUCCUUAAUACUCUGCCAACUUCUAACGUCUCUUAAAUGUUUCUAUGGAAAAUGCAGGAAAGAAAUGGAAAUGAUGGUUUGAUUGAUUUUACAUCUGCUCCUCCUUAUAUGAGGAAAUUGAAUGAAAAGGGCCCAACAGCAAACUCCAAGAGAGCAGAUUCUCGGCUAGAAAAUAGAAUGAGAGAUGUAGACAGUGGUGAUAAUCCUAGUUCGUCUUCGUUUGAGUUUCAUGUCAGUUUGGAAGAGGGUAUUAGCCUUUCAGUUGAUCUAAAUUUUAAUCCAUCAGAUUGGAUCAAUAGCAUGAGAGAUGAGGUCAAUGUAUGUGAUAGCAUGCGCCGCAGAAAAUCCCCACAUUCUGAUCUUGGCAUUACAGAGUGUAAGAAACAGAAGAGUUCAGGGCAAGACACGGAUGGUCAUGUAAGGAGAGAAUCAUCUUUAAGUCCGCCAAUGAAAGACAAUGCUCACUUACCUUCUGAUCACCAUCCCAAUGGUGAACGAUCUCUAGCAUCAUCUGCCAUAGAACCAUGCAACAGAAUCAAAGAGAGCUCAGACACUUGCAAGGAAAAAAGCGGGCUUAACUUGUCCAUACCUGAUUCUUCAGGACCUUGCCAGAUUGCAUCAUCUUGUGUCGAAUCAUAUAGUAAAAGCUGCUGUGUAAAUCCAGUUGACUUGGACUGUAUUAUUCCUCCAGGGAAGAAGUUGGCAAGUGAAUCUGAUAUGGUUGCUGCAGAACAGAAUCAUUCAGCUGGUGAUCUCCUUGUAGAAAUUCCGAAAAAUCCAUCCAUGGAAAGCUUUCAAAUAGUCGGAAACUCAAGUACUGUUAUAUGUCCACGGGGAGCUGGCUCUGAAUUAUCAUCAUCAGAAGCAGAGGCCUAUCACUCAAACCAGCCGUGUUCUCCUCGUAAGACCAGUAGAUCCUCGACUAUCUCUUCUCCAGAGUUCAUCAUCGAUAGAGAGUCUACUAGUUAUUCUGAGUCAUUCAAGUUCCGUUGCAAUGGAGGCAAAAGUUUGCCACCAAACACGGAGGAGCAGGAAAAGAGCGAAGUUUUAAGUGAGCAGGCGCGGUCAGAGUGACUUGUUUGAAGGGUGAAGCAUCCAUUAUGUUGUAUAAUAUUGUUCAAGUAAUAGAAAAAUGGCUAUAUACAUGAUGUAGAGAUAGUCAAGAAAUGGCCUUUCCUCUAACCAAGAGGUUUCUACUGCUGCUUUUUUUUUGAGGUAUGAUUUUGUGCUCUCUCUAUAAAUAUACGAUUGAUACAACAAAGAGUAAUGAAGACUUUAUUUUUGGUUGUUGGCUUGCACUUAGGCCAUCAAACACAUGGAGAUGAGAGCAUUGAGUCAAAUAUUACUGAAGGUUUUUUGCAAUGACCUAGGGAGAAGUCAGUUUUUAGGUCAGUAUGCAAUUCUUUUUGGUUCGUCUUUUAUUAUUUGUAAGGCUGUCUUGUCUGUAAACGCAAUUCUGUGUUGUUAAACACAUCAUUCAUAAACCAAUCUUGGAGGUUAGCUUACAGAUCAAUGUUGUACACCAUGUCGUUGAUUAGAAGCAGUUUAUCAUCUUUGUUUACACAAAA